UACAUUUCUGAGAGGAAGUGGUUUGGGAUAUAGCCUGGUCUUUACACCGGAAGACUUACUCCAAAGGAGCAGCCAUGGCUGAUGUCCACGUCCGAAUAUGUGAACAGGAGAUUAUUAAAUAUGAUCUGGAAAUCAAAGCUCUGAUACAGGAUAUCAGUGAAUGCACCGGGCCACACACUAAAUUAACAGAGUUCAACAGUACAGUGAAGGAGAAAUUCGUCCGUCUUCGCCAGCGGAUCCAGGAUCUGGAGCAAAUGGGGAAGGAGCAGGACAAAGAGUCUGACAAGCAGGCUUUACUCAGACAGGUGGAGGGACAUCGGAAACAGAUGCUCAGUAACCAGGCGGCCUGGAGGAAAGCCAAUCUGGCCAGUAAUCUAGCGAUUGAUAAACUGGAGAAAGAAGAUUUGAUGAGUGUGGGUGACACUGCUGCGAGACAGAGAAAGGUGACGAAGGAGAGCAUGGUUCAGACCUCUAGCAACAUCACCGAGAGCCUGAUGAGCAUCAGCAGAAUGAUGUCACAGCAGGUGAAGCAGAGCGAGGAGACCAUAAGUACUUUGGCCACAUCAUCAAGGACAGUUCAAGAAACCAAUGAAGAGUUUAAGGCUAUGACGGGGACCAUCCAGCUGGGACGAAAACUCAUCACAAAAUAUAACCGACGUGAAUUGACAGACAAACUGCUCAUCUUCCUGGCCUUGGCACUCUUUCUGGCCACUGUUUUGUAUAUUCUGAAGAAAAGACUCUUCCCCUUCCUUUGAUCUGGAGCAUUUGGUGCAAUCUGACAAGGGUUCGGAAUCAAAUUUCCAUGUGACAGUUUUCCGAUUACAGAGAUACGCUAAUGUUGGACUAAACUGUUCUGUUAGUGGAGAUAUGCAGUUCUAUUUCAAUAAAUUAUAUACAGUUGUGCUUGUGAAUCGACAUAACCCUAAAAAAAAACAAGAGGGAUAAUUAAAAUUGCAUUUUGUUUUUUAUUUAGUACUGCCCUCAAUAAGCUAUUUCACAUAACAGGUGUUUACAUGUAGUCCAUAAGACACAAUAAUCACUGAAUUUACACAAAUGAAGGCAAAACGAUACAUUAAGAGCCACAGGGAUGUAAACUUUUGAACAAGAUGAUUGGUGUAAAUUGUUAUUAUCUUGUCUUCUGGGAAACAUGUAAAUAUCUUAUGUAGCUUCUGAAAGGGCAUUACUAAAUUAAAAAAAUAAGUUCUUAAACCAAAAAUAAUAACAAUUUACACCAAAAGUUUAACACCCCCCGACCGCCACCAUUGUAUCGUGUUGCCUUCUUGGGCAUCAGUGAAUGUUUGCACCUAUUGUAAUAGUCGUGUACGAGUCCCUCAGUUGUCCAUAGUGUGGGAAGAUGGAUCUCAACGUCGUAUAGAGACUGUUGGAAUGGGGUCAAAUAUGCAGAAGAUGCUGGAAAAUUAAAGAAUGUGCAGGACCUGGAGGAUUUUUCUGAAGAAUAGUGGGCAGAACAAACAAGGGACUCAUGAAGAACUCUCACAAAACAUAAACACAGUCGUUGAUCAUCCAGGUAACGACACACAGUAUUAAUAAUCAAGCUUAUGUAAAUUUUGAACUGGUUCAUUUGGUUAAAUAGCUUAUUCAGGGCAGCACUAAAUUAAAAACAAAAUGCAUUUUUAAUUAUCCCUCUUUUUUAAAAUUAUUAACAUUUCACAGAUUCUGCAAGGGGUGUGUUAAUUUAUGAGCACAACUGUGAUUUUCCAACACUUGCCUAAAUCUGUAUCAGGGAAUGAAUCAGUGUGGUUUUCAGGAAGAAAAUGCACUUUCAACUUUUAUAAAGUGUGAAGUCUAAAGGAGCUGAGGACUGACUUGUGCUGGUAAUGCUGAUGUAAUGUACCUGAAGUCUGCUAUCAUCCUAUCAACUGUGGCCUAAUAUGAAUUUUUUAUUUUAUUUUAUUUCAUUCCUGAAGUAAUGACUAAUAAUUGUCACCUGUCUCUAUAUGUUGCUGUAUAAUGCAUUAUUAAUUAUUGCACAUUCAAUACAAAGUCUUACUAACCGUCAGCCAGUGCUGAAUGGUUACUUUACAUUAAAAUCACACUUUAUUGUAUAUUGGUGCCGUUGUCUCAGAAGAAUGUUGUUUUAAUAUGAGGAAUUGAUUUUAGUUCACUUUCACCUCCAAUUUCAGUUUUGAUAUGUCAUCAAAACCUUGUUAAACUAUACUGGCAUCAAAUAUAUCUAAAAUAAAUAUUACAAUCCAGGAUUUCA